AAACUUUUUAGCUUUUUAUUAUGACUUCCAUAAAAAAAGGGAAAGGUGGUCUUUUUUCUUCAAGUAAAGAUAAAUUUUUAUUGAAGUUAAGCGAAGAUAUUCCCAAGAAGAAGCUUUUUCGUUACACCAGAGGACCUCCUAUAUCCACUAGAAACAUUAAAGACAAAAAGCUUAAAUCUAAUCUACAACUUCAUGAAAAAGUUCUAAAAAGUGGUGCGAUUAGAGCGGCUAAAUGGAGCUUUUUGCUACAAGAAGAAAUAGGUUAUCUGGAAGCAGAAGAUACUGAAAAAACUUAUAAAUUUUCUCAAAAUUGUAUACUUGAGCACGUUGAUCAGCAGACUAAAGCGAAGUCGUUUGAUAUAAAACUCAAUCAAUUUGGUCCUUACCGUUUAAAUUAUUUAAGAAAUGGAAGAAAUUUAAUAAUUGGAGGGAGAAAAGGCCACGUGGCUGCAUGGGAUUGGCAAAGCGGUAAAUUAUUUUGUGAAUUGAAUUUAAGGGAAACUGUUAGAGACGUUUGUUGGCUGCAUAACGAAACUUUAUUUGCUGUUGCUCAAAAGAAGUUUGCAUAUAUUUAUGAUUCGACUGGAACAGAAAUACAUAUUUUAAGGAAGCACAUCGAGCCCCAGCGAUUGGCUUUCCUUCCGUACCAUUUUCUGUUGGUCUCAGUGGGAAGUACAGGGUUUUUAAAGUACCAGGACGUUUCCACUGGGAGUUUAGUGUGCGAGCAUCGAACGUCACUAGGAAAAUGCAAAGUUUUGGCUCAAAAUCCUUAUAAUGCUGUCAUGUGUUUAGGCCACCAUAAAGGUUUGGUCACCAUGUGGACUCCCAACAUCACCACACCAAUUGUUAAAAUGCUUUGCCACAAGGGACCUGUUACUUCAUUGGCUGUUGACCAGCGCGGACUGCACUUAGUCACUUCCGGUCUCGACGGACAAAUGAAAAUUUGGGACAUUCGUAAUUACAAACUUUUAUAUGAAUAUUUUACCCCAACACCCGCCUCGUGCUUAUCGCUGUCCCAAACUAAUUUAUUGGGGGUUAGUUAUGGCCCUCACGUGCAGAUUUGGAAAGGCGCGUUUCUUAGCAAACAGCAAUCGCCGUACAUGUGCGAAUUAUUUUCCGGAAGUUGUAUUGAAAAUAUUCAGUUUGCUCCUUUCGAAGAUGUUAUGGGCGUAGCGCAUCAACGAGGCGUUUCAAGCAUGAUUGUUCCUGGUAGUGGCGAACCUAAUUUCGACGCUUUUGAAGUUAAUCCGUAUCAAACUAAAAAACAAAGACAGGAAGGGGAAGUAAAAAUGCUUCUAGAAAAGAUUCCUGCAGAACUUAUUACUUUAGACCCGCACAGCAUUACCCGCUUGAGAAAAUCUACAGAAGAAGUUUUACUUGAAAGUAAAAAAAAAGAAUUUGAGGCAAAUAAUAAAACUCUCAAGUUUAAGCAAAAGUCAAAGAAACGAGGAAAAAACACUUCAAUGAAGCGUUAUUUAAGAAAGCAGAAAAAUGUUUUAGAUGAAAAGAAAGUAAUAAAAGUUUAUGUGGAAAUAAUAAUAUGA